AUGACUGCACAAGAAGAAGAAAGGUUGAGAAGACGGGAAAGAAGAACCAAGAAGAUUUUGGAAAACGGCGAAAGUAGAAUUGAUCGAAUUCUAACAGAUGGAGGUUGUAUUCUAUCCAAUAGAACUAAUGUAUGUGGAAUUGUUUUAGAGCAGAAGAGACUUGCUCCGAUGAUGGAAGGCGGCGAAGGAUUCAAGCUCUUCCAAUCAGAAGGUACUAAAUCACUUUUUUUUUUGAAAUUUUGAAAUCCAUUAUUUCAGAACUAGACUUGGCGUCUGUUCAAAAGCAGCUCAAUUGCGAAAAAGUCCCUAGUGAAACGUUUACGCGAGAUGAAAGGAUUGGUUUUGUGUCGAAAAACAAGCUAUUUCUGUUUUUUGCCCUCGGUGAGCAAACUUGAAAUGUUUUCUUUGAUUCUCAUAUUUUCAGGAGCGUUAAUGCGUAUCAUCAUGUUUUUCACAGUUCCGUUUAACGUCAUUUUGCCUUGGCUGAUUUUUUUACUUUUUGCGUUUUUCGAGUCUUUCAACCUAAUGGUAAAUGUUUUUUUCUUUUGUUUUACUUUUGAAAGGUGAUAUUCUUUUUUUCUAGUAGAGUUUUUUUCGAAGCAAAACAGUCAACGAGUUCUGUUAUCGUGUUGGAUUUAUUUUUGAAGCGAAACUCAAAAUAGCCGUCAGAGAAUGAAGAAGAUCACUGAUUUUUUUGAGAAUCAGAGAUCAUUUUGAAUUUUUGCAGGAUUUAUUUUUAACACGAGAAAACCUUUUUUCUUCUUUUAUCUAUGAAUAAAAAUUUUUCAGGGACAGUGGAGUUCUCUGCGUAGCCUUUUCACCAAUGAAUGGAUGACACAGUCGGCUAUAAAGACUAUAGGUCGUAGUAUCUUUUUUUGUACUCGAAAAAAUCCAGUGCUUUCAGUUGGACUGGGAACGGGGAUUCUACAGUUUUUGCGCGACACAACGACUUUUGUUGCAACUUUUAUUAUAACCCACGCUGUUGUUGAGGUUUAUUCCAUAUUUGUUUUAUAAAAAAUUUGAAUCGAUCAUACAAAAAUCUUCGAUUAAAUUAAAAUGUGCAAGUACCCGGUUAAUCCGAAACUUUCAAUGCUUAGGAGUAUCCUUUUGGUUACCGCUAUUAUCUCAUGAACUUGACCGGCCAGUUUUGCAAUAACUUAGUAUCACAAGCAGAACUCUUGUGCCAGACUAGAAUUGUGAGCUAAAAUAAAUACCAAAAAUCGAAAACAUGAAAAAUUUUCUGCAGGCGGGGCUUCGGAAAAAAUCUUAAAUUUAAUUCAAAAAAUUUUCACAGAAAAAUUAUUUUUACUUGUUGAAUCGAAAUUUCUUGAAACUUUGCACACAUUUUUGAAUGACUUCGCAAUAACUUAUUUUUACAAGCGAAAUUCAUUUGCCCAAGCUAUAAUUGUGAGCAAAAAACAGAAAUUCGAAAAAAUGAACUUUUUUUUUUUGAGAUUUGAAAAAUCAUGUUUCCCAAGUUACUCUGAGUUUCAACCUUAAACUUUUUUACUUUGUGAACCAAGGCUUUGGCUUUCCAAAAAUUUAAUCAGCCUUCUACUACUCCGAUAUUAAGAGCGCAGUAGCUUUUUAUUUGAAGGGCCCUAGCUUUUCGAGGCAUCAUUAUUCAAAUGGACUAUACGUGGUCGAUUUUGUUUAAGGGCUCUGCUUUUUAUGUUUAAAAGCUUCAAAACAUCCUUAAAAAUAGUUAAACAUGGUUUUCUUUAGCCUUCUCACGUUUUCCGCUCUCUAGAACCCACCAACUUCACUAGGACCGAUUUUGGACCUCUGAUUUGAAUAGUUUUUCCUGGAUUUUCAGAGGUUUAAAACUUUUUUUUAUCUGAACAAUCGAAAACUUUGAGAAAUUCGUCAUAACUCACUAUAUCUUUUGGAUGACUCAGCGAAACACGAUCAAUCCUUUUUUAUUUUGAUUCAUCAACGUUCACAAAGAGUUUCAAACACUGAACAGAGAAAUUGAGAAUCUGUUGAUUUUGGAAAACGAGCAGAAACUCUUCGAAUCAGAGGUUCGAUAUCAGACCUAGUAAAGUUGGCGGGUUUCGGAGACCGGGGAAAUUAAGAAAGCUGAAGAAAACAGAGUUACAUUAUUGUUAAGGUCGUGUUAAACCUUUUGAAAAAGUAAAGUAGAAACGCAAUUUACAGCCUCGCAGACCCUGUUUUAGUUCAGCGUAUCUAUGCAAACGCCAAAUACUUCAUAUAGGCUCUGUGGAUCACCCGAAUCGUUAAAAAACCGAUGGAUCGGCAGUAGAGCACCCUAGAGCACCCCUCUCGCAAAAUAAUUUAAAACGUAUUAGCCCAACGAGUGCUACCAGCAUAGAGUAAGUACGAAUGAGUACGGGUCGAGAUGAAUUUUGGCUCAUUUUGUUUCCUUUUCGGUAACCAAAAAUGCGCUGUUUCAGUAUUUCAUUUUCAGACUCCCAUCUAUCGGGAGAUUUCGCUCCUAUCGAAAAUUGCGGAUUUUAUUUUGUGUUUCAAGUUUGAGUUGGCGUUAACGCUAACACUCUACAGAAACCAACAAAUUGUGCAAAAGUGAGUGACUCAGCGGCUAGCGCGACGCUCUCUCUCUUUCUGCAAUGUAAUGUUGUCCACAAUUUCGAGCCUCCGAUUGGCUGCAUAGUUUUUGAGCCGCACUAGCCUUUCAGCCCCAUGUAUCAUCGAGUUUAUCGAGGUUUUUGCGGCGCCAAACUCGCGUGCCUGCUCGGCAGGGGCAACUGAGCCAACAGAGAGAGCGAGAGAGGCGUCUUGUAAGAUAAGUAGCCUGACCUCGGACCGGCGACCUCUGCCGCGUACUUGCUCUGUCGUCGGUCCUCUGACUAGGUGUGAAGCCAAUCCCGCCUGAACUUGUCUUCUCUCAUUUUCCAAGGAACCACCAGAUCAGCCUUUUUGAUAACCGCGAAACGGUUUUUUCAAAGUUUUAAAUGACCCGUUUUUCCUUCCAACAUAAAAAGUAACACGAUCGUUCGCCAAAUAUAAAGAAGUUUGAACACUAUUUUGAUUUUUAUGAUGGUACAAAAUGGGGUGCAAGUGAAUCUUUGAUAGUCAUUGCUGAAAUGAUCUAGAAUAAUUUCGAAAAUGAGAUCACUUCUAAUUUUAGUAAUAGAGAUAGAUCAAUAGGUUUUUAACGGUUAAAAGAUCAGAAAGGUCACAAAAAGUACUGCCGGCGCAGUUGGGAAGUAAUGCGCGGAGAUUCUUUUGCUUUGUUUGUUUUUUGGUAAUUUUUACUUCAUAACCUUGUUCUUUUCCAAAUCUGUAUGAUCCAGUUUUGCUGGAGAAAAUUCUCUAAUUUUGACGAUGUAAAAAAAGGGUAAAUUUUGACGGGCGUUGAUAGUCGGCGAUUCAUCCUUGAACCUCGUAAUCUGAAAGAAAAGACCCGAAUUUUUGGUUAGUUUGUAUGGUUUAAUUGGGAUAUUGGUCUCUUUUUUCUUACAUGCCGUGGGCGCCGUCCUUGAAUGAUUAUGUGUGCACUCAUAAUCUGUAUGGCGCGCGACAAAGAGGUCGAGCUAUCGCGGGUUGCGCGUAAAUAUGGUGAAGAACGUUGGCCGCCCGCGUGCUGGUCUCUCUCAUGUUUUCUUAUGUCUUCACUUCUUGGUAAUGUCACCGUUCUUUUGCAAAUCUCCAAUUUGUUGCCUUUCUUGAUUGAAAAGUUUUCUCUGUUUUCCCAUAGUUUCGCUUUUCAAAAAGACUUCAACCCGAAGUUGGGUGAUAAAAAUUUUUGUAAUUUUAUCUCUUUGAAUGAGUAAGAAAAAUUCUCACUUUUUUAUUCUGAUGACUCAGAAAAACAAAAAGACGGGUUUUUGUCAAUUAUUUCCUAUUUUCAUUCUCGGCAGCUUUACAUUAUCUUUCAAACUACAAUGUUUUUUAAAAUUCGUAUUGAAUUUUUUUAUUGGGCUUCUUCCAUUGGGGUAGAGAUUUCCUAAGUGUCAAAAAAAAUGUUUUUAAUAAAUUUCUAAACGAAAAUUGCUUAUAACUGGCAGGUCUUCAACGACCUCUUUAAAAUUUUCAUUCUUUCCCUUCCUAGAUAUUUUUUUCAGGAAGAUGCUAUCAUGUCAAAGUAAAAAUGUUGAUCAUUAUUUUCCUCUCUUGAAAAUGUUAUGUGCCAGGCAUCAUCCUUACUGUACUUCUUUUUGUCCAUCAGCCGUGUCUUCAUCGGCGUCCUGACCCCUCUUUCUUUUGAUCCGCGAAGCCGUAACGUAAUGGUACCACAUGUGCACGUGCGAUGCAGCUGUAAAUCUAAACUUUUUUUUAUGUCUGCUCUGCGGGGUCGCCAGUUACGCCGGUUUUCCACAUUUCUUGACGCGAACGCAAUUUUCGCAGUCUCGUUUGAUAUCGCGUUAUGAAACUGUUUAUUCUGCAAUAAAUUUUUCAUUCACGCUUUGAAAUCUGUUUUUGUUUCGGUUUGAAAGGGAAAUCUUAGAAAAAGAAACCGAUUUUUUGCUCGCAUUCGAAAUGGAUUAACCAUCGAAAAAGCUUUGCCAUCAAUCGAAAGAGACUCUCGGCGUACAUUUAUCUUUCGGAAAUCGACAUUUGUCUCUUCGUCGUCCAUUUAGAUUUCUUCUUUGAACCACUCAUUUCUAUUUCUGUUCCUCUUUCCUGGUACCCAAUUUUUCGAAUAGUUUUACCAUUGAGCAUGUUUCCUAAUGGAAAUUAGUCAAAUUUAUUAUAAGAUCUGAAAAAUCUUCGCGUCAGUAAAGAUUUAUACCGUGCUUGCUAUUUCGUCUUUUUCUCGCAAACUUCAGCAUGGAAGUUCCCACACAAUAUCACGUACUAUGUUCAAGCUGGCCGCAGGCAGUAUAGCCAGAAUUACUUGCUUCGUCAACGUUUCUCUGAGACCUCGUCGAUUCCUUGCUACCAUAUCACUCUUUUUAAAACUGUAUUCUGCUGUAUUUCGACUUUUUCAAAGAGAAGUAUCAAAUUAAAACUUUUCCGGAGGGCGGUGUAGCGCUUGCGAGAUCGUAGCGGUAAGCCUGCGGUAUUGCUUGGGGAUCCCCCGCGGCAUAGCGUCACUCUCCAUGUGAAAUAGUACAUAGUAUUGGGUAGAAAUUUACAACAUGAUUUUUCACAAAAGAGCCGAAAUAGCUAUACAGUAACCUUCACAGUCAGCGGUGUAUCGAUCGAUACUCCUGUUUCGUGAUUGUCCGGCAUCCGCUUGGCGGUCUUUUCGUCUUCCGUCACUCUGGAAUUUUUUCAGCAAAAGAUAUGCGGGCAGUGCUAGCGCUGCUUCUUGGGUGUGCCUGCCUGAACUUCAGCUCAGGGCAGCCUCCUCCACCUGCGCCAUACCAAACGGAAGACCGGUGUCAAGACCGAUCCUGCUAUCCAAUCACCGGAAAUCUGCUCAUCGGCCGAAAGGAUCGACUGAAAUCUUCUUCUACCUGUGGAUCAAGAAGUCGAGAAAGGUGCUGCUCAUUAUUCGAGGCGAUGAUUCGUAAAACCAGUCUUUCACAGAUUCUGCAUAGUUUCUCAUCUGGAGGAACAGACCAAAUGCUUCUAUUGCGAUUCUAGAACCGAAUGGCGGCCGCAGCGAGAGCCAUACAGACUCAGUCAUAGGUUUUGAUUUCGUUUCAUCAACUCAUUUCAUUCUGUUUCACGUUUUCAGAAUCGAAAACGUGGUCUCUGAAGUUUUCGAGGAUAAGAACCGUAAUUGGUGGCAGUCGGAAAACGGCGUCCAGAAUGUUACGAUCCAGCUCGACCUUGAGGCUGAAUUUCACUUCACGCAUUUGAUUAUGACUUUCAAAUCCUUCCGUCCCGCCGCAAUGAUUAUUGAGCGUUCGGCUGAUUUCGGAAAGACUUGGUAAGCGGCAAAGUUUUCUUAAUUUGAAGUGAGUUUCCUACUGCGCUUAAUUUUUUUUUUGUCAAAUUCUGCAUACUUUAGACUCGCGUCUCUUAAGAGCGCUAUGAAAAUCAAAGCGCGUGAGCUCGCAGGGAGUAGAUAUCAAGCAUGCUAGCAAGAAAAUUAGAUUAAAAAAUGAUUCAAGUUUUUUUUUCUUUUUGUUUAAUGCACAAGAAGACGAUGCGCAAAAAGAAAAAAAAAAUCAGAAGUUUCCUGUCUUCAAAAAAAUACGACGCAGUGUAAACCUGACGGUAGACCCGCGCCGAAAAGCUUUCAACGGUGCUGAACAGGGGAGACCCACUUGAAACCGUUUUUGAUAAAAACAAUUUUAAACUUCAUUUAUCGCGCAUGAAUGAAAAUGAGAUAGCUGCAUGAUCAGGCGAAUCCUGGGUAGGUGUUGGGAAUGUAACCAGCUGGAGUUUGGAAAGGGAAUGGAAACUAGACUACCUUGGCAAGGUGUGCAAAAGGUAGUUGAAAGGUCUUUGGAAGGUGAAAAAUUGAGAACGCCUACCGGAAGCCUUCCAGCAGACUUCUGGAAGGUAAGUAGAUGUGUUGGAAAAGUAUGUGGAAGGCGUUUGACCACUUGCUGGAAAACUUCCAAACCCUUUCUGAGGGACCGAAAAAGCUUCCCAACUUCUUCUGAAUGAAAGCUAACGACGAAAAAAGCUUAGAAAAUUCGUUUAUCUUUUUUUUAUUUCUCAAUCAAAAUUUGUUUUUGUCUUACCUUUAGUCAUAUGUAGAUGUAAUCAACUAAGCGCUGAUCAAGAACUUUUGAAUCUAUAACGAACGACCGCCUUUGGCGAACUAGAAGUCAAACGUAUAGUUGAUCAAGUUGAAUGCAUGGUCUUACGGUCCUUCGCCUUUUUCUUGCGCGCUUAAGGCACCCAGUUGCGCCGUGCGGUGCUCAGAAUUUAGAGGAUAUUGUGCCGGAUUCCAGAUUCCGCGCUCGAAAGGGGAGCCUUGAAAUAAGAGCAGCCACUUCGAGUUAAGAGUUCACAAAGAAUUCUUUUUUUUUUCUUCUUGUAUAGUUGUUCUCCAUUGAAGGGAAGUGUACCGAUACUUUGCCUACGACUGCGACAGCACAUUCCCAGGCAUUCCUGAAGGCCCACCCAAGAAGCAUACCGACGUGAUUUGCACGAGCCAGUACUCUGAUGUCGCGCCGUCGACUGGAGGGGAAGUCAGUUUAGCGAAAAUAAAUCCCCGAUGCUCAUGUUUCGGCUUUUUCAGAUUGUCUACAAAGUCAUCUCACCACAUAUUGCUACAGAGAACCCGUACGCCGACGAGAUCGCCAACCUGCUGAAGAUUACCAACUUGCGAUUUAACUUCACCAAACUUCAUACUCUCGGAGACGAUCUUUUGGACUAUAGGUUUAUAUUAUUUCAGACAAAUUGAAAAUUUAGAUUAAUAAUUUUUUUGGACGUGUUUAUGCGAUCAGUUGUCUCUUUAACUUCCCUAGAACCUGAAAUGAAAGGGGAAUAUGCGAAAUCUUGUGAUUGCUCAAUAAAAUAAAGUCAAUGUCUGAGCUUUUCUUUGAAUCGUGUCCAUUUAGAAUAUGUUACGAAUGCAUGAUUAUAAUUUAUCAAUAAAAAAAGACUUUUCACAGCUUCAUAUAUCUGAAUAUUCACCGUUCUUACUAUUCAGUCGAUGAAACAUUGAAAAGAAGAGAUUUUCAUGAGAUUAGUCCAGUAUAGAGAAACUUUUGAUGGGUCCCUAUAGGGGUUCCAUAAAGGCCCUGUAAGUAGGGGGUCUUAAAUUGUCCCCUAGAAGGGUUCUCGAAACAACAAAACCCUACAGGUCCCCUCAGAAAUUCUUCAGUUUUCGACCAAUUUCGAUAAUAAAGGAAAGAACAUUUUUUCAGACCAGAAAUCGAUGAGAAGUACUACUACGCGAUCUACGAGAUUGUCGUGCGGGGCUCUUGCUCUUGCUACGGCCACGCCUCCAGAUGUAUACCUAUCGACCCUAGCAGUCCGAAUGCCGUCAUGGACCGCGCAGACAUUGUUUGUAGCUUAUUUCUAAUGCGCUCAUUUAUAAAUAUGUAUGGUGAACUAAAGCAGGCGUUUUGAAAAGCGGUAAACCGGAGAAAUUCAGUUUUUAAGCUUUUUCCGUCACUUUUCAAGCGGCUUUUCUCUUCUAUGGCGCUUAGCAGACAAUUUUACCUUUUUCGAGUUCUCAUCAUUAGGGAAAAGGUCUGUUCACGUUCUGAAUUUAAGUUAGCUCACGCCCGAUGCCUAAAAUAUCUUUCGAGUCCAUUUUUUUUUUCUCAUCGAGCCUGAAGAUGAUUCUUUAGUUGCGCUGCCAUUUUUUUUCCUGCUCUGAGGCCAACAAAGUUAGAAAAAAUUAGCAUUAUUGAAAAAUCAUUGCGAUAAAAAUUCGACACUAAAAUAUACUGUACUGCGCCCGUGGGGGCGAAGUUAGCUGUUUGAAGUUCUAAAUCUGAACAGGUCCUACCUACCACAAAAGUUUGGACCAGAUUUUACCCUUUUAACCCCCUUUUAAAGACUUCCCUUGUAAGUUCAGCACGCUUAAAUUAGUUUAGAGAGCGCGGUAAACGUGUACCCGACUUGUACUCUCCUGCGUCUGCCAAUAUGCCAAUUGAACAUCCAAAAACGAAUUUGUUCUCUCCGAGUUUAUCAUGCUCUCUAAACUGAAAUGUAUGAUUUUCUCGAAGGAGAUUUUUCAUACCAUCUCGAAUUGGGACACGGCGACAACUUUUCUGAUACUGACUUCGUGUCUCAGGUUCAUGGGCGUUGCGAGUGCAUGCACAACACGGAAGGUCUGAACUGCGAGAAGUGCCGCGCCUUCUUCAACGAUUUGCCUUGGAGGCCAGCGAUCGGCGACGACAAGAACGAGUGUCGUCAAUGCAACUGCAAUCGGCACGCUCUGCGCUGCCACUUCGACCGUGCCGUUUACGAAUCGAGUGGUGAGGAUUGAUGCGAAGGCUCAGCAAAAUUAAGGAAAAUAAUUUUGGGAGCGUGAAAUUCCAGUUAGAUUUUCCAACAGGAAUCUCAAUGAAAUCAGCUCAGAAGUAUUAAAAAAAAGUGCUUCAAAACAGAUUUUCCGUUUUCCAUUAUCUUUUUUUUUUGACUUUUUCUUUGAAUUGCAUCACAGACAUAGUCGUUUUUGGGGCUUUCAAACUUGCCAGAGAUUAGGUUAAAGUUUUGCCAAAAAAUUAGCUUUCAAGUUGCAACUUGAGAACUCCAGUGUGGUCCCUCUAGGGACAACCUUAAGUACCCUUGGAAGGUCACCUCACUAACUCCUAUUGGUGCCACUGAAGCUUGCAAAAGUGGUCUCUAUAGGGGUUUUAGUUAGUAGCCUCUAUAGGUGACAUGUUAGUGGAUAAUUUUUAUGAAUCUAGGGGCGAAGAAGCAUAUCCAUGCGAAAAGUAAAUGAAUAAGCGUUUUUUUUUUAAAUCAAGUUGAAAGACCCCUAUAAGGGCCACUUAAGCUUUAAGGGCUAAGGGGUCAGACCCUGAACCUCUAUAGAACCAAUUUUUGGGCCCCUAUAGGGAACACUCUGUAAUCCCUGAGAAUAACGAGGGAACAGGUAGAAAAUUCUGAAAAAUUUUCUCCUACGUUUCCGGUCUCAUUUUCAUUUUUCUUCCUAAGUUUUUUUUGCAUGAGUUAUUUUUUACAUUUUUGUGAGAAAUUUUUCGUUCCCAAUUUAUAAUUCUAAGGUUUCGUAUCGGGUGGUGUCUGCGACGACUGCAUGCACAACACCCAAGGAAAGAACUGCGAGCAGUGCAAGCCUUUCUUCUACCGCGAUCCACGGCGUUCCAUCGACGACCCACACGUUUGCCUGCCGUGUGACUGCGACAAGGCUGGCGCUCAGAACAAGGUCUUUUGAUUCUAGAAUCGUUCAGAAUACACUCUAAAUUUUCUAGGGAAUUUGUGAAGGAGAAGAAGAUGCGGAGCGGGGUCUGGUAGCCGGCAAAUGCUACUGUAAGACCAAUGUUGAUGGCCAGAGGUGCUCUUGUUGACCUGCCCUAUCGAAAAAACACAUUUCACCAACUUCAGAUGUGAUCGAUGCAAGAACGGCUAUUGGAACUUGACGGAAACGAACGCGGACGGCUGCAUCGCAUGCACUUGCCAUCUCCUCGGCACCUACAACAACGAAGGCUGCGAUAAGUACACGGGCGCCUGCACUUGUAAGCGACUCGUCACCGGCGAGAACUGCGACCGUUGCUUGGUUCGUGUUUUCAGUGCAAACUCGUAGGUAAAAAAAAAGAGACUAAAUUUGAGAAGUCUACAUGGGAUUACGAUUGAAAAGUGACUCUUCCAUGUGUAAAUAAGAAAAUACCGCCGUGGAACUAAAAAGGCUUGAAAAAAAAUUUAAGAGGCGUGGCCUGUCUUCACCAACCAGAUUUUUCUCUUUUCUUAUCGUUUUUUAAACGGCUCAAGCCAGCCGUGAAUAGGCUGAAAAUGCUUUCGAUAAUGGCAAAAGCGAGCCGGAAUGAAGAAAAAGAAACAAUGCGAAAAUAGCUUAUUAUGGGCCUCGAUGUCACUUUACGAGCGAUCAAGCUGUGCGCUACAGUGCAAUAUUGCGUCGCCCUUUUUUUCCUAACGAAAUCGAAUAAAUUGAUCUUUUGUGGCGUGCUCAAAAAGAUCCCGCGAAAAUGUAAGUAGCCGUCAGCGUUUGGAAAAGAUAACUAAAUUUAGGAUAGUCAGAGAUAAUUUUUCAUUCCGCAGAAAAUUUCAUCCAAUCAGUCAACAUGUGAGAGAACAAAAAAAAAGAAAAAGUUGGUUUUGGAAUGAUAGCCUUGGUUUACAGGAUGAGCACUACGGUAUGUCUGAAGAGGCGGAUGGCUGUAAAGCCUGCGAUUGCGACAUCGGUGGAUCAUUCGACAACAAGUGCGACGUGACGACUGGCCAGUGCAAGUGCCGCGAAGGCUUCAGCGGCAGGAGGUGAAUCCGUAACACCGCCUUCGAAUCCUCGAAAUGUUUGCAGAUGUGACUCUGCUGACUCGAGCUUCUAUUGCGCCGAAAUCACACAUUACCUCUAUGAAGCCGAAAACGCCAACUUGACUCAUGUUAGCGCGCCUUCAAAGUUGCGAACUAUGAGAAUUUUCAGGCUGAAGCAAAAGUGCGAAAGUGGCCAACCAACACUCGUGAUCAGACUUGGACGGGCCCUGGGUUCACCCAAGUCACUGAAGGCAGCACUUUAGUGUUCUAUCCCAAAGUUGAAGUCAGCCAGAAGUACAACGUCAUUGUGCGCUACGAUGCGACGCGGGUGAAUUUGAAAAAAAAUUUCGUAGAGAAAAAAUUGCGAAUGAAAUGAAGAAGUAUUUUAAAAUCGAAAAAAAAGUGUUAGUACUAUUUUUCCCUCGAUUUUUAUCCAAUAUCGGCAGAAGAGUUUGGCUAUAAAAAAAAAGUUCAAUAGUCACUUGAAAACAAAAAGAGAUCAUAUAGCGCCAGCUUUUCACGUUUUUCAGCCAACAACAAGAUCAAAUUUAACCCCACUUCGCUUCAUGACUUUUGUCUUUGUCGUAUUUUUUUUUCUGAAGUUCUUUUAAAAACGCGACCAUCUUGCGCGGCAUGCACUAUUUUCAACAUUUUUGCCCUUGUUAUCUUUUUUCGAGCACACGUUCCAGCACUAUUGGUCUGUAAUAUUUUGCUUUUGUUCAGGACCCUGUUGGCUGGGAAAACGUCGAGGUAUCGAUUGUCAGGCCAGAAGAUUCGAGUGGUAUUUGCGCUGGCGCUCCUCCGUCAGAUGAUUUCCUCAUUACUCGAUUUUAUCCGGGUUUGUACCGUUUUUACAACAAAUUUCACGUUUUUGUCUGGCAUUAUUCAUCGAAUUUCUUUUCGCUUUUUUUUCCUACUCGCCGUCAAGAUUUUUGCCUUUUUUCUCCAUAUCACCCUAUAUAUGAAAAAAACGCGAGAUCAUAAAAAAAACUUGAAAAUUUUUCUUCGAAAGUUAUUUUGAACGCCGUAUAAACACUGGGCAUGCAUUCUCAAAUGAUAUACAUCAGUUAAAAACUUUUGAGAACGCAAAAUAUUUUAGGAUCGCGUUACGUUGAAAUCCAGCCCGCCAUAUGCUUGGAAGCGGGUGUCGACUACGAAAUUCGGCUUGUUUUCAAGGAAAAGAGGACGAACGCGCAUCCACACGAGAGAGCGUAAGGAGUCUCUUUCAAAGAUAAUUUCUAAAAUGAUUCUACAGAACCGCUUCCCUACAAAUCGACUCAAUCAUUCUGGCGCCUCCAACUGAAGAACUCCACAUUUUCCAAGGAUCCGAAAGAGCUCAACAGCACUUGGCCGAGUACAAUCGCUAUCAGUGCCGUCAUCUUGCACUUUCUCUUGCUCCAAAAGAACAGAUCAAUGAAGUAAAAUCUUCUACGGUUCAAAAUGUAAAAAAAGAAAUAAAUUCAGGACUAUCAAUUUAUAGGUAGUGUUUAAAAACAAUACCUUGAAUGAACGAUAUCAUAGUUUUUUUUUGCCAUAUUCAUCUCGUUCAUUUGAAAAAAUUUUAAGAACGCUCAAAUUUUAAUCCUGAAGGUCGCGCAAAAUUGAGUUGCUUUCAAGUUUCAUCCUAGAAAAUUGGAUACUGCGAACCUAAGUAAUUCAAAGUUUUUAAGAAAUUUGGAGCUUCUAAUUUUUGGUGCAUCAAGGCGUUAGUUUAGAAGUUUUUUGGUAAUUAAAUAGAAAUAUACUCCUACGUUAAUAUUCUUAACCUUUAAAGAUAAGUUCUAAACAAGUUGCAGAGGGAAAAAAUUUAAAAUUUUCCUGGCCCGGAAUAAAUGCGCAAUACUGACCGGAGCACAAGUUCACUUGAUUUUUAUACCAUCACUCACAGAUCAUUUUUUUUUAUCUCAGUGUGCAAAUGCACAUUGUAGUCUAGUGACGAUUGGUUUCAGGUUUGCCAACGAUACAUCUGCCCGGUGGCGGCUGCACUUCUCAAUAAGACGAGCGACUGCAACUGCGACGCGACAGGGUCGGUCUCGGGCAUCUGCGAUGUUCGCGGAGGACAGUGCGAGUGCAAGCCGAACGUGUUCGGCAGACGUUGCGACCAAUGCGCCGUCGGCACUUACGGCUUCGGACCCAGCGGCUGCAGCAAAUGCGACUGCGACGCCGUCGGCUCUCUCGGCAACGAAUGCGACAAACAAAGUGGACAGUGUGUCUGUCGGGAGAAGGUUUGCCUUGUAGGGAUAUAUCUUCCAAAAGCGAAACCAGCAAAAAAGUUGCAAAAGCAAUGUCCUACACGAAAUUUUUAUUCAAAUCGUUUAGAGAAGCGCGCGUUGCUUUUUGCAAUUGCGGCACGGUUUAUUGCAAUAGGGGCGCGGGAAUGAAGCCGAAAUUUGAUUAUAUGUUAAUUUAAAAUUAAGUAAUUCUUUUUCAAGUGCCCGCAACUUUUUAAAAAAUAAGUAUGUAUUUCUCAGUAAAAAUGAACCAUUUACUCUCAAAGUUGCAAGUUUGACAAGUCGAAUUUAAAUGAUUUAGGGUUGAAACAAUGGGAACUAUCUUUUUUUGGCGGACUAAACGCGAUUUGUCCCAAUGAGACCUUAAUAAUUGCAGGGUAUCUACGGACGCCAGUGCAACCAAUGUCAGCCAGGCUUCUGGGGCUUCCCAGAGUGUCGCGUCUGUCAGUGCAACGACCACGCCAACAUCUGCGAUCAACAAACGGGAGCCUGCAUCGGAUGCCGAGACCUGACUACCGGUCACCUCUGCGACCGUUGCCAAGACGGCUACUACGGAGACCCACGACUCGGCGUCGGCCUACCCUGCAAGCCUUGCCCUUGUCCUGGAGGACCAGCCAGCGGCUACCAACACGCUGCGACUUGCUACCUUCGCAACAUUGGCAACAACACCCAGGACAUUGUAUGCAAUUGCAACGCCGGAUACCAAGGCGAACGUUGUGCCGAGUGUGCGACUAACCACUGGGGAAGCUCAACAGAAGUCGGUGGCAGUUGCGAAAAGUGCGACUGCAACGGCAACAUCGACAUGUCGGUCCCAGGCAGCUGCGACGCGGCGACUGGAGAGUGCCUCAAGUGCUUACACUACACAGAAGGAGCGCAGUGCGAAAACUGUGUCAGCGGCUUCUAUGGUGACGCCAGACUGAGGUCUUGCCAGCGGUGCGUCUGUAACGAGCUUGGCACAAACUCAACGGCAGGCUCUUGUGACCGCCUCACUGGCCAGUGUCCAUGCUACCAGAAUGUGACUGGAAUGCAGUGUGAUCAGUGCCUUGAGAACCAUUUCAAUUUGGCGAGCGGGGCUGGUUGUGCUGCAUGUGCCUGCGAUCCCAACGGUGUGGUUCCAUCGCACGACGGCUCGCCAACUCUCCAGUGCAAUCUGUUCGACGGAAAAUGCUCCUGCAAGCAGGGCCGCGGCGGCCGGCAGUGCAACGAGUGCGAAGACUUCUAUUGGGGUGAUCCGACGACGGCUGACGGCUGCCAUCGUUGUCAGUGCGAUCCGACCGGCUCAGCCAGUCUCCAAUGUCACCGGAACAACGGCACUUGCGAAUGUCGGCCCGGCUCCGGCGGCGCUCUGUGCAACGAAUGCGCUCGUGGAUUCACUGGUCAGUGGCCUCAUUGCAAGCCCUGCGGCGAAUGCUUCCAUCAAUGGGACAACAUCAUCGUCGCCCUCAAUGCACAGGUUUCAAACGUUUUACUCUCGUUUGCAAAAGUCUAUAAGUAGUGUAGAUCUUUUAAACGGCUUUUCGGAAGGCUAGGCACACUUCAUGGUUGUAACAGGGACGCGCAAGAGGGGUUUUUGUAGCUCGAGACGAGUUUGAAAAAAAAAAAAUGCUUUUUUUAAUGAUUUUUUUUUGUGUCAUCGAAACACUUGAAAAUUACCAAAAGUCAAAAAUUGUUUGAAACUCAUCUUUGUUAAGACUUAGUAAGUUUUUAAUAUUAGAAACUCGGCUUCUCAAGGGCAAUAUUAUUAUGAUGUUAAAAAAAUUUUAAAAAAAAGUUUCGAUUUGCGUUUUCAAACUCUCGAAUAAGCUUUUUUUGAGUUCUGAAAAGUUUAAAGUCGGAAAGCCGUUUUUAAAAAAGACUCAAUUAGGGUUCGAUAUUUGGAAUCACUUUGAACACGGAAUAAUGAUUUUUUCUAUGAUUUAUUAUCAACCAGGUUGAAAAGCUCAUCGACACCGCCAAUAACAUCGAGGACACCGGCGUGGCUUCCGCUUACGAUGAGGACUUUGAGAAGAUGGAAAAGCAACUAACCGAUACGAAGAAAAAGCUUGCUGACGCCAAUAUUAGCAAAGAACAUAUUGAUCAAAUGGAUCGUGAAGUUGGAAUUUUGAAGCAAGCUGUAAGAGGAGAGUCUUUUGUUUGAAAUGGCAGUUCUUUUUUUUUCAGGUAGCAAAUGCUCGCACACGUCUUGAUGGCAUCGAAUCAAAAGUGUCUAACUCAUCGCAAGCCGUCGACUUUGCUCAGGAAGACUUGAAACUGCUGCAAGAAGACGCCGAAAAACUCAGCAACAAAACCUUGGAACUGCAACUGAAGGCCAACCAAAUCAAGGAAGCCGAUGUGAUGGGCGCCUACAACAUCACCAAGGAGUCGGCUUCUAAGUCUUUGGACGCUCAACGGAGAACAGACGCCGCGAUAGGGAAGCUGGCGAUGGCUGAGAAAGACGCGACACAGGCCGGCGAGCUGCUCGAGAAAAAUCGCGACGACUUCGAGAAGCAGUUCUCCGAGAACGAAGCCGCACUCAUCGAGACGUCCAGACAGCUCAACCUUCUCGAAGGUUCGCUGCCAAAACUCAACGCCGAGGUCUGCGGUGCUUCUUCGGCGCCUUGCGACGCCUUGUGCGGCGGCCCCGGCUCGUGUGGCUUUUGCGGAGGGCAGUCUUGCAUGGAGGGUGCGGUGAGCAAAGCCGGCCAAGCACGUAGUUUCGCCAUGGAAGCUGACACCCGACUCAACGAGAAGCAACAAGAAGCGGAAUCGGUUUUUUAACGUCGUUUCCGUUCAUACAAUUUCAAUUUUCAGGUCCUGGGUAUCGUCAGAGAAGUUUUGCUCACUACUUCGGCCGCAAAAAAAGAGGCUGAAGGCGCUUUGGAGGUAAUAUUGUGAAAGAAAAAUAGACAAAAGAAUAAUACGAUGAUUCGAAAAACUCGAUAGCAAAGAAAAUGUUGAAUUAUUGAAGAAAAAUAAUCAUUUUAGCAAGUUUUCGUGACCUCGUAAUACAAAUUUACAGUUAGAAUACUUUCAAGACACUGUUCGAAUUUUUUAAACAGGAAAAGCGAUUUUGACAUCAAGUUUAGAAAUUUGAAAAUUGUGUCCAAUGGAGACUCUUCACAGUGUCGCAAAAUCUUGGUUUCAAAAUAAUUUUUUUCGAAAAUAGCGUUCAACACAGGAUCCGGCCCAAAAUCAAUGCUCCAAUCAGAACUUUGAAAGUCCUAAUCUUCAGUUAAAGGAAAGUAGAGGACAUCAGAUGUCUUUAUUUGGACUUUUGAAGAGUUUUUGUAGAGGUUUCUUGAAAACUUUAAGCUUCCCACUAAAGUCAACUGCCCUAUGAGAAGAAGUUCAAUGAAGGGCAACGUUCCUUUUUUCAGACCGCAAGAUCUGCUGCUCUGAAAGCAAACAGUACCCGAAACGAUCUCGAAAACAUAAUCGACGAAAUGAACGAGUUUUUGAAAUCUGCGAGGUUUUUUUUUUUCAACUUGAACGUAGUUUUCCAAUGCCCUCUCCAGAAGCACUCCCGACCAAAUCAGAAGCCUUGCUGAAGAAGUUUUGACGAAGAAAAUCAGUUUGACGCCCGAACAAAUAACCGAUCUCACAAAAAAGGUUUGUCGGAAAAAAUUUCUUGAUGCAGAGAAAGUGUUCAGAUACGUGAAUCGUUGGCGAAGAUCAACAAUAUUGGCGACAUCCUGGACGAGACACGAGGAAACAGGACACUGGCCUCGGAACUCGAAGUCCGCGCUCGCGAGGCCAGCGCCAGGGCUGAGGCCAUCAAGAACACCACCGACACUGUCCGUGAAGCCCUCAAGAUCGCCGAGGAAGCUCAGCUAUCUGCAUCUGGGGCUAUCUCCGAGGCUGAGGAAAUCACGAAGGCAGCCAAGUCCGCGUUUUUCAUGACGAAAAUUAGAAAAGUUAAAAGGCUCAGGAAUUGGCCGGUUAAGCCUUUUUGCGCCUGCACAUUAGUCACUAGAACUAGACCGUUUAUAAUAAUAAAUAAGGGGCUGUGUAGUAUUGAGUGAAGAGAUUUUGGCCAAAAUUGGCAUGAAAUUAAAAGUUUUAGAAACUGCUUAACAUAAGCAUUAAAAUUCUCCAACAGCCUUUUUUGUGUUUAGUAAAACUUACUGGAGCGAAUUCCAAAAUCGUGAUAAACAAAAACUUAAAAGGCCACUUUCCAGUUCAAAUUCAGUAGAAAAAAUAUUUCAGGGCUGAUCUCGAAGAGGCGAGAAAUGAGACGAAAACGACGGAAGCAAGAGCACGUGAGGCUAACAGCACGUUGGCGGGGCUCGAGUCGAUGAUGGGCGACGUGAAAGUCCAGUACCUGCAGAUCUCGGAGUCGGCGAAAAACGCGCUGCUCACCGUUGACAACGCCCUUCAUGCUGCCUCGGUCGCCGAACAACGCAACAAGCAACUAAAUGUCCGUCAUUACAAGCGAACUUAUUUUUCUUUUUUGUUCAAAGUUUACAAUGGAAUCUCAGAAAUACAUGUACUAUUGACUGGUUAGGAGCACUUUUUACACCUUCUGGGCAUAUUUCAGUUAAUUUUCCUGAAAUGCCGACUUGAUUUCGAAGCUUUUUGAAAAAUUUGAGAAAAAGAAAAUCUAUUUUCAGGCGGAUAUCGAACGAGCCAACGAGUUGCUCCUUAAACGAACCCAAGGCAACGAGGCUCCGCAGAAAAGAGCCGAGAAACUUCGCGAACGGGCCGCCAAGCUGCUCUAUCACGCUCAGCACUACAGCGAGGAUAUCAAUUGUACGUUUUGAACAUGGUUUCCCUGAAAUGAGAGAAGUUGAUAAUGCACAACCUUAAUAAAAGUUCUAAUAACACAAAAACCGUUGUGUCAAAUUAGCAAUUAACUUGCAUUCCUGUGAAAAGUUUGGCUUAAUUGAAAACAAACUGUAGAAAAGCCAAAAUUGCAGCGCUGUCGAAAGAUGCAUCGGACGUGCGUCUGGAUGACUACCAACAGGUCUUGGAUGAUCUCAACGCUCGGCUCGAGCGUGUGACCAGAGACAUCCACGAGAAAACCGACUUCCACGCGACCUGUGGAUAA